GUCAAAGAACGUGGAAAACACAGAUUGCUAGAUGAGGAAAAGUUCAAAAGUUUUGGUGAAAAAUGUGAAAAUUGUGCCGUAGUUAGUGAAACUUUUAACAAGGAAAAUGUUUUACGUUAUUUAAGAGUAUCGAUGGACAAAUGGAUACUAUAGCUGCAGAUUUAUCGGCGUUUUUAGGUCGAGGCGCAGAAUUCACUGGUAUUGAUAACGAAGGUAUAGAUUUCUCGCAACUGGAAGAUUUCAUUAACAGCGAUGGCAACAAUACUCAAAAUUUUACGUUUGGGGACUCAUUAACUACAACUCCCUCAGGAAAACUGCUAAAUGUAAUAGUGGAAAAUAAACGAAACAAUAAUGGGCAUUCAUUGCCGGACAGUCCACCUGAUUCAAGCUCAGAGCAUCCGUACAGUCCCCAAGAUGGCUGCGAAGCCCCCCUGAAUACUCCAGAAAGCAUAUACACUAAUCUUUCGGGCCUUGGACAGAACAUUUAUAAACAAGGCAUUUUGAACCCAAUUCUCACAAAUAACUUAAUAUUGGGAUCGCAUAUAGUUGUAACUGAUCAAAAUAGUGAAGGACUUAUUGAUAGCAAUGGAAUAAUACAGGACAACAGAUUAUUGGUGACCCAGGAUGUGAGAAAUGCCAAUCUAUUAGGAAAUAGAAUUCUGACAGAUGGAAUAUCCAGUGACCACGAAAUUAUUCUUAGUGAUAACGUACAAGAUCCAAACCGUCAGAUACUUUUACCCACUGUCCAGACAGAACCAAACUCGAAUUACAGCAGAUCUCUCUAUGAACCACAAAAAGAUUUUGUUGAAGACAAGCAUAUCGUCCAUUUGGGUUUUACGUCUGGUAUAGAAAGCCUACCAAGGUCUUCUAAUCUGGAUAGCGCAAUAAACAAUGUAGAGAACAAUAUAGAAAAUAUUCCUAGCGUCUAUACCAACUUACAGAAUGUACCUAAGAAGAGGAAACUUAGUCAGGAUAGUGCCUUAGUUAAGAGCGAACCAGAACAUUGUACUUCAAGCCAACUGAGCCCUUCUGAGCAAUUCGCCGCAUCUAUAGAUGAAGAAUACGCUUCUUCAGAGGCUUGCCUUUCUGAAUCUCAGUAUCAGUGCAUAAGAUUUAGUGCAUUCCAACAGGCAAAUUGGCAUACAUUAUGCGAUCAAAAUCUUACCGAACUAUCAAUACCACACUACAGGGUGGACGCUGACAAAGGAUUUAAUUUUUCCAACGCAGACGAUGCUUUUGUCUGUCAGAAGAAAAAUCAUUUUCAGAUAACCUGUCAUGUACAACUUUUGGGCGAUGCCCAGUUUGUCAAAACGCCCGAUGGAUUCCAGAAAAUAUCCAGCUUUCACAUACAUUUCUAUGGAGUUAAACACGAUUGUCCUACGCAGACUAUCAGGGUUGAACAAAGUCAAAGUGACAGAAGCAAAAAACCAUUCCAUCCUGUACUUGUUGAAUUGGUAAAUUCGCAAGUAACGAAAAUAACAGUUGGGCGGUUACAUUUUAGUGAAACAACGUCGAACAAUAUGAGAAAAAAAGGUAAACCCAACCCUGAGCAACGUUAUUUCCAAUUAGUGGUUGGUCUCCAUGCUCACACAUCAAAUGGAAACUUCCCUAUUGUCAGUCACGCUAGUCAAAAAAUUAUUGUUAGGGCUUCGAAUCCUGGACAGUUUGAAAGUGAUGUGGAGCUAUGUUGGCAAAAAGGUCAAACUCAAGAUUCAGUAUUUCACAAUGGCAAAGUUGGAAUAAACACAGACAGACCCGAUGAAUCUUUGGUAGUACAUGGAAAUAUUAAAAUAACUGGACACAUUAUUCAACCUUCCGAUAUAAGAGCCAAGAAAAAUAUUGUGGAGCUUAAUACAGCAAAACAAUUAAAAAAUAUUCAGAUGCUCAGAGUAGUCAGCUAUGAAUAUGAACCUACUCUGGCAUCUCAACUCAGAAGGGAUAAAGAAUUCUCAGAUACAGGAGUCAUUGCUCAAGAAGUCGCUCAAGUUUUGCCAGAGGCUGUUAAACCUGCCGGCAAUAUAGUUCUAGAAAACGGAAAGUCUAUAGAUAAUUUUUUGGUGGUCAAUAAGGAGCGGAUUUUUAUGGAAAAUAUAGGAGCGGUAAAAGAGUUAUGUAAGGUUACUGACAAUCUGGAAACCCGUAUAGGGCAACUGGAAAGGAUAAAUAGACGAUUAAACAAAUUAAAGCGUGGCGAUAGCCUUAAGUCUGACAGCACAGUAAAUAGUUCAAAGCUUUCUCAUUACUCUGGGCACUGUAAAUGUUCAAGAAAGCAUAUAUGUAAGGCUUGUGAACGUCAAGAGGACGAGUUUUGUUCAAACAAAUUCAUACAAAUUGUUAUUGUAGUUCUAGUGUUGAUCAUGGCUUUUUGCUUAGCAGCAAUUACAACGUUGUAUUUCUUAGACGCCAAACAACAAAGACCUCCGUACGGUAAUGUAAACGAUUUCAAAUCUAAAACAGUAUCUACGACUACUAAAUCGACUUUAGAGUAUAAAUCUUCUAUUAGUCCUCGGUUAAUCACUAGUUCGUAUCAGAAGAAUAGUAUUCUUGCUGGAGAUAAUGAAAUGUCGGAUAAUACUCAAUUUAAUCCUAUGAAAUCUCAACUUUACUCUAUAGGAAAAUCUAGUGAAUGUAAUGCUGUUGACCAGCAUUUGGAGAAUUUAUGUCCGAUACAUUGCUGCCCUAAUCACGUGUCAUCGUUUGACAGAACACAGGGUGUUUAUACGCAAAAAGAACAGCCAAAUUCUCAGACAGAAAAUCAAAUAUCCAAUUACCUGGACAGAACAAUUCGUACCAAAAGGAGUACAGAUGAUAACACGUAUGAUCCGAGUAUUCAGUCAUCAUAUAAUAUACCACAAGAUGAACGUGAAUCUUUUGUGAUCACAAUUCAAGGAAAGAAUUUUAAUUCAACUUUGACACCCAAUUAUCGGAUUCAAACCAAGGAGCUAUUCAAUUAUUCGUACAAAGUCCCCAUUUCAAAGUACAUGCCCGACGAAUUUUUGAACAUUACAUUCAGCUUCCACACUCCAGUUGGUAUACAGUGUUGUUCGAAAAAUUCCAAAGAAAUUGAAUUUACUAAAAGUCGAUACGUAUGGAGUGCAAAGUAUGAAGUUUAUAUGGCAGAUUGUCGUGAACAGACACUGAUAUAUCGAGUUGUGGGAGGUGCCAAUGCUGAGAAUCUAUGCGAGGCUACGGAUGAAAGAAUACGGAAUGAUCUGGUAGAGAUUAUAAUAGAUUUUUAUAGAAAUUGUAGCGAAUAACAUAAACACUGCAUAGUUAAAUGUGUUUAUGUAGGACAUAACACAUACGGACAUAAAUAGAAAAUCUAUUUCAUGUCUUAAUUUGUUAUGGAUCACUCUGUAUAUUGUCCCAGUGCAAAACUUGAUUCCUAAAAAAAUAAUUACAAAGUGAUUUUUAUCAAGAAUUACUAUAAUGUUGAGGAAUUAAACAUAAGCUCUUUAUUUAUACAGGGUGUCCCAAGUUAUUCGAGGGUAUACGAGUAUUUAAUCACUGGUAUCUCGGAAACCAUAAGAGAUACGAGGUAGGUCAGAUUAUGGCAAAUUUGCGCCAUAUUGCAAUAUCUUCUGAAGUAUUUGGAAAAAAAAAUAUUUAUUAAUUCCUCGUAUUUGGGACAUCCUGUAUAUUUAAAUUUCCCUGGUAUAACCAAAACUUUACAAAAAAAAAUCUUAUUUUAAAUUACGAAUUUAAACAUAAUUGCACUAAUGGUAAUCAGGAUUUUGUAAUUGACAAAAAAAAUUAAAUAUAUGUAUGUAUAUACUGACAAUUCUCAUUAUAUUUAAAUAUGUGGAUACCUAAAAUAUACCUUACAUAAAAAAAACGGCGUCGAGUAGGCUUGAAAAUUACAAAAACAUAAUUUGCAAGCCAUCCCUGACGCCGUUUUUUUCUAUCGUGUUAUGGUAUAUAUUGUGUGCAAUCUAUUUACGUAUAGAAUCUCUUAUAUAGUUUAAUAUAUAUUUUAUUUACUUUAUACAUAUUUACCCCAUUUUUAUAGAAAUAUUUUUAUUAUUUUUGUUUUAUUUAUAUUUUAUUUGAGAUGUGUAUUUUUUUCUAAUAUAAAAAGAGAAUAAUUAAUUGCCUAUAGAUAUAAUUAAUUAAUUUUUAUACUUUACAGAUGUUAAGAUGUAUAUUUAUUAUUUGAUAUUUCUUAUCGCAGCUAUUUUACCUACCAAGUAGAUUUUUAGAAUAUUUUUUCUUCAAGAACAAGUUAGAAAUUAGUUAUAUAAGUAUGUUUAUAAUAUCAUGCAGUAAGAGUACCAAAAGAUAUAAGAUUCUUACUAUAAAUAUUUAUUAAUAUAUGGCAUUCAAUACAGUCUGUCCAGCGAUCGUUCAACGUUACGUCAUUAUUUGUCAAAUAUGCAUUUUUAACUAAUUCGUGGUACGAAAAUUGUUUUUUAUGACGAUGAGUAAAAUAACAAUAACAGCGUAAUAGAGAGAUAUCGGUAAACCGAAUA